CACAGUAAUUAAUGUUCACUUGCUCGCAGAUGAUAUAACACAGAAUCUGCCACAGUUACAACCGAGGCUUAAGUUAUUAAAGGCAGCCAUCGAUCGCAGGAACUCAAGGCUGGAGGAGUGGCGCGGAUUAAAGUAUUUUUACCACAAAGCCACGUAUCCACAGCGCUCAUCUGAAACAGAGCGGUGAGAGACAGCAGCGAGGCAGAGAGGGUGGAGGGAGGGCGGGGGACAGAUUGAAGAGGACAAAGAGGCUUGCUUCUCCUUCUGUAGCGGCAGUCCCACCUUUGCCUUCCUCUGAGGCCUCCGAGGCGCUUGUUCUUCGAGGCCUCGGCGACCCGCCCAGCAUGCAGCAGGCACCAUGGGCUUUCUGGAAAACUACCAAGAGAUUGACCCUGUCACUUUGAACCUUUGCAUCCUCAUCGCCAGCUACGUUAUCUUGCUCCUGGUCUUCCUGAUAUCGUGUAUCAUGUACGACUGCCGGGGCAAAGAUCCCACCAAGGAGUACGCCCCGGACCCGCAGCCGACUCAGUCUCCCAUCAGGCUGGUGGUGAUGCAGAGCUCUCCGGCCCCGGUGGGACGGUGGGACACGGCCAACAUGAUCACAACCUACCACGAGCCGACGCACUCGGACUUCAGGGAGAAGAAGAGCACGAUGGUCUGAGCGACGGAGGACUCUGUACAUAAAUGACUCUUUGUUUUGGUUUAUUGGGGGGUUUUUUUGUACGCAUCUUUCUUUAUACAUUUCUUUGUUUUGCUUUGUUUUGUUUUUUCUUUUGCUGGGACAAUGCUAGGAUUUGACCUACACAGGACCAGACUGGCACGGUAAGGGACACUGACAUGUGUUGACGUCUUUAAGUGCUGUUUGUAUGCACAUGAAAUCCCUCUUUAUCUCAAGGAUCUCGAGCCAAAGCCUGCAGUCUGCCGUGGACAGGAAAUGUCACAACUGAUAAGGCGUUUCAGCUGUGUGGUGUUGACAGACAGCAAAGGGCAGAGGUUUAGGAUUAGGGUUAGGAGACACGGAGAAGUGUAGUAGACUUAAAACUCAUCUUAACUUCUGCGGCUCUUUUGAAGUGUCACAUGAGGCAAACGAGGGCAUUGAAUUCUCGUCGAACCUUGACGUGUUUGGACUUUGUGCCUCCACUCCGGCAUGCAGAUAAAAC